ACACCGAGCGAAAAUGUGGAAAAUUUAGUAACGUCGUGGCAUCGGUGGAAAACAGGUCGUAACAGGAGUGGGUUUUUACGUUUUUCCGCCUCGCGCGCGCGUGUGCUGUGUUUUGUCGGCAAAGCAGUUUUCGGCUCUAGCAUUUGUGGCGUGUUGCGUGCGUGCGUGCGCCCGUGCGUGUGUGCGUGGUGUGUGUUUUCCGUGUGCGAGAGUGUGGUAGCGGGAGGCAAACCCCACGCAGGAUGAUUUCUAUCGCGUAAAACGUACAGUGCGUGGUUAUGUGUGGUUUCUUUUUUAUGUUUUUUCGGGUUUGAAAUGGUAACCCAAAGUGAAUUAUUCCUCAGAGUGAGUGGAAAAUAAAACGUAAAUAGUGCAUCGAGCAGUGGUACGUGUAUACCCACGUGUUAAAACAAGUGUGUGUGUGUGUGCGUGUGCUGGUGGCAAGAAUGUGUAGUGAUUCUUACUAGAAAGUAUUAAUUGAAGGCAAAGAAAGAGUGUCAAAGAAAUAGAGCGCAGAAAGUGUGAAUGUUGUGGUCACAAGAGGAAGUGGGCCCAAUCGUUGCUGCCAUCCCUCAACUGUCCUUUCCGACCAAGUAAGAAACGACUCGGCAGGGCGGCACACCUUGUAAUUCGAGACGACUGUCGUUAAAAGAAAGAGCUGUUUUGACAGUUUCUUUGACAAACGUGUGCGUGCGUGUGUGCUUGUGUGUGUUGGACCUCCUCCGCGGUGUAUAGCAGCGGAGCGCAGCGCAGCGAAGGAGCCCGGAGGAGUCUCAAUCUGAAGGCCGCUUUGAUCCGUCGUGUGAAAGUGAAGCUAACGAGUCCUUAUAGUGUGUGUGAGUGUGUAUAUGUGUGUGUGUGUGUGUCGAGGUCCUUCCGGUGUCUCCAUCACCGAAAUGUGCGUCCGUGUUGAUCGAUGAGCAGCGAGCGUGAGUGAGUGAGAGAGAUUCGUCCUCCACCGCCAGCACGGGUCGCUCCUUGCGCGAAAAAUGAGCAAAGUGUGCGAGUGUGCUCCAAACGGUUGGCACAUAAAGUGAGCGCCAAUAUAAUCCCAGGUUUUGCAUCUGUUAGUUGCUAGCCAACGCAAAGAAGAAGAAAAAGAAGAAGCAAAUCAAAAUCAAGUUUGUGUAUUGUGGGUUGCAGUUUUGUGUUUUUGUCCGCUCGAAUAUGUUACGUGAGGUGAUGGUGCGAUUGUGCCGGAGAAGAAUGCCCCUCCCGACGGUGCUGACGGUGGCGCUGGCCGCCCUGGUGAGCGUUAGCCCGUGCGUUACCGGCGCUCACUGGGAUCAUGCCAUCUUUCUGGACGACGACUACCGGCUGCUGUGGAGCAUCACCGGCCAGGACAUCACGUUCGAGGUGCAGGCCCGCACCCACGGCUACAUUGGGCUGGGGUUUUCCAAGGACGGCACCAUCUACGGGGCGGACAUGGUCAUCGGCUGGGUCGACCAGGGUCAGGUGCACUUUCAGGACCGGCACGUGAAGAAGCACGGUGACGGUGAGCCGCUGGUCGACUCCUCGCAGGACUACGUGCUGCUGCUCGGCUACGAAAACCAAACGCACACGGUGCUGCGCUUCAAGCGCAAACUGGACACGUGUGACGUGGCCUACGACGUCCCGAUCACGAACGACACCAUGCGUGUGAUCUACAUGUACCACAACAAGGAACCGCACGGUGCGUUCUACACGCCCGGCAGUCUGCCGGACCCGGCCGAAGCGUUCAAGCAGGCCCGGUCCCUCUUCCUGACCCAGCGCAUCAACCAGGCCCCGCUGAAGCCGGACCCCCGGCUGCGGACGAUGGAGCUGCUCAAUCAGGACGUAAAUUUGCCGCAGGGCGACGGCACCCUGCACUGGUGCAAGAUGUUCAAGCUGAACGAUAUCAAUCGCAAACAUCAUCUGAUUAGGUACGAGCCAGUGUUUGACUCGGGGACGAGUGCAUCCUACGUCUAUCACAUGAUCCUGCACGAGUGUCAAGGAUCGUCACCGGAGCUGGAAAUUAUGUCACGGGAAAACGGUUGCCCGUGCUAUCGGGCAGAUAAAUCGAUACUGACCUGCAACUCGAUAGUGGCGGCGUGGACCCGCGGUUCCGAGGGAUUUUCCUUUCCCAGCCAGGUUGGAUAUCCGCUCGAGUCGAACCAGGCCCGCUUCUACCUGAUGGAGACGCACUACAGCCUGACCGCGAACGAGUACAGCUGGCCGCCGAAACCGAAGGCAAUGGUGGACAAUUCCGGCCUGCGGCUGUUCUACACCAGCACGCUGCGCAGCCAGGACGCCGGCGUGCUGUCGGUCGGGAUGGACCCGAACUGGCGGCACAUCAUACCGCCCGGCCAGGAGCACGUCGUGUCCGAGGGCCACUGCGUCGGGGAGUGCACGCAGCGCGCCUUCCCGCGGGACGGCGUGAACAUCUUUGCGGUGAUGAUGCGGACGCACCAGAUCGGGCGGCAGAUCAAGCUGCGCCAGAUACGGCACCGGGAGGAGCUGCUGCCGAUAGCGCACGAUCGUAACACGGACUGGAACUAUCAGGAGUAUCGGCGGCUGUCGGCGCCGGUGCGCGUGCUGCCUGGUGAUCGGCUGAUUGCGGAAUGCAUUUACGACAGUUCGGCCCGGGCUGCCAUCACGCUCGGUGGGUUGACGACGAGGGAGGAGACGUGUCUGGUGCUGGCGCUCUACUACCCGCGGCAGAAGGAGCUGACCACGUGCCAUUCGCUGCCGAGCUUACCCACCGUCAUUAACUCGCUCGGCAUCAAUGAGCUAGUGCCCGGAUCGAACCCGGUACGGAUUGCAUCGCCACCGGAGCUGUCCGGCAUGACGCUCGAGACGCGCCUGAUCUCGUACGACUGGCGGAACAACUUCCGCAGCUUUCAGUACGUCACCAGGCGCGGCUCGUUUAAGCCGCUGUGCUGGAGCGCCAAGAAUCAGCCCAUGCCGGGCACGGAAAAUCUCGAAGGAUUUGCGCCGAACAUCACGAAAUCGUACAAGCUGAUCCGCUCGUGCAGCUUCGUCGGCAGCACGAACGUCGCGAACGUGCUGUUCCAGAACCGGAACCGGUACGUGACGGAGUCGGAAACGAGCGUCGAUCGGGCGGCGGCGGCCGGCAGCGACGACGACGACGACGACGACAUCGACAGCAACAACGUGAUAGAGGGUGCCGCCCGCAGCAAGGUGUCCCGCAGCUCCGUCACCGAGUCGAUGGGGCUGAGCGGCGGUCCGGCCACGUUCCGUCCGCUCGGUGCCGCGCCGAACAUGUUUGCGUUUCUGCUGUUCAUCAUCUUCCUGUACUCGUUCCGGAUAGCGCACCGGGUGUGAACCGGCGGCUCAAUCUACUAAGCGGCAAGAGGAGAAGCAUACAAUAAUAAGUAGACAACCAAUUUGCAGCUGAGAUGCAUCCAACUCACCAAAGAGUCCUAGAUUCGACCGUUCGGCCGUUCGUUCGAUGAACGAUUGUAAUGAAACGUACUGUACAUACGGGAUGUAAAUGUUUGUAAGUGUGUGUGUAAGUGUGUCUUUUAUUUGUGGGCGAGGAAAAGAAGUGAACGUUUUUCUCAACACCUAAAGGGUUGAAGAGAAACUGUACCGCUAAGCAAUGAAUAUUCGGGGUUACCUUGCAUUCCACCAGGUGGAAGGACUAAUUGUUUCUUUCUUAUUUUUAUCGUUUAACUGCAAGUAGAAAAUAAAUGUUGUAAAAAAGAGAUACGUAGAGUUUCGCCUAGCCGAACAUGAAAGUGAUGAAAAGGGAAGGAAAAGAGGUGAAAGUGUUGGUGAAACAUAUGGAUAAAACUACUGAAAAGCAGAACCCAUGAAAGUAACAUAGAAGAAAUCUAAUCCGUGUCAAAACAUAUUAAACUGAUACACGUUGGGAGAAGCAAAAAGCAGAGAAAAAUUCUGUCUUCUCUUGAUAAUGUCACCUAUUUUUCGACUUGUACAUAAGCGCUUUGCCAUAUAGCGUAUCUGUUUUUGUGUUUUUGUAUAUAGUGCAUUUUGUAAAAAAGAGUAACAAGAAACUAAAAUCGAUAGUAGAUCUGAACGUCUGAAGAGAAAUCAUAAAAAAGGAAAAAAUAAUAGCAAGAAAAAGAGAAAAAAGACCCAAAAAAAAUCUCGUACACUCGGUAGCAACAAUGGUGCAACAUUACAAUAGAUGUCAACGUGGUAGCGUAAUUUUGGUAGUGAAGAACCGAAAGCCGGUCAUCGAAAGAAAAUAUAAAUUGAAGAAGCAAAAUAAAAUAUGUAAAAAACAUUCAACAAUUACUUCACCUCGAAAACAUGUGAAAGAAAUGCGUGUCUGUACACACAAUUCCUAAAGGCGGCUCAUUGCUCCGAUACUAUGCGUGCCGGUACGAGCGAGCGGUAGUGUAAGUGCCGCGCCUCCCUAUUUUCUAGCACUAGAUAAUCCUUCCCAAGAAGUAGCUCGAUUAUUUGCUGUCCAUCACGCUGCUACCUUGUUUUUGGCAACGUUUCGUUUGUUACAUACCACCACUGUUGUGAAUAAACAUUAAAGAAACGAACGAACGAGACAUUGUUGGUAGCAAAUGUUUAAAUCAUGUGAAACUUUUGUAACUUUGCGAAGCGGUUGUGGCAGAAGCUGAAUGGCAUCUCAAUCCUAUCCCCGAACUACCUGACUCCAAUACCUUGCGAUACCUUUCACUCUUAGUAUGUCCUGCUCCGGUGCGUUGUGCGUCUACUGAUCAGCACCUACUAGUGAGCAUCUGUGUAAGGAAAACUGUUUAGAAGGAAAACGAGAAACGAAAGCCGUCCUUUCUCCUGCCCGACAGGUGGGAACGAAGUGGCUUUCGUUAGGUUUCGACAUUUAUCUGUUUGAUUUUUGCAACACUGCAAACACUACUAGCUGCUACUGCGCUGCUGUUACUCAUGUGAAACUUUAAAGAAAAGGGUGCAGAGUAUAUAAAGAUAGAGUUGGAUGGGAAUGGGGUAUUAUUUUGACUUUUUUCUAACGUCUCCACCAUUCAAUUUGUCAUUUUGUGAAAUAUCUAUUCAUCAUGCAUUCUUUUUGAACCUUUUUUUUCUCUUUAAACAAGGGCAAUUUGGUUUACUUUUCGCCCAAAAUCAUUUCACCCUUAGGUCAGCGCUAGUAAGCUCGCGAGAGACAAUCAUAAAUAAAAACUAAUCGCUCAAGUUUAUAGUGAAUGCAGUACAUUAACCAGAGCCGUGUGUGUGUGUGGAGGUUUUAUAGUGGAAAGGAAAUAUCAUAAGCAGGAAGCAACGCUGCAACGUGAACGAAUGGAACAGUGCUGGCUGAAUGGUGGUUUUCGUUUCUUUUUUUACUAAUUCAAAAAGAAUUCUUUCUUUUUUCUUAAUUUUUUUAGUUUCACUUUCUUCUUUUUGCAUUAUU